GCGCCGGAGAGCCAGGCCAGUGAGAGCGACAACAGUGAAUUCAGCCAAUGGGCUCAGGGCGCUUUUCAUACGGUGAAUAGAAGACACGAUCUUUAUUUGGGGGAUGAGGAUGGGCGGCGAUCCAGCAGAGAGCAGCAUUCUCCUGAUCUUGGGGAUAUUGAAAGGGAAAGGGUAAGGCAAAUUGCGCGUGGAUGGAUGAAUGAGAGUGGAAUUGCUGAUGACUCCUCACGCGUAUCGACCAGGAAUGAGACUCCGAGGGCAGAGUGGCUCGGCGAAACUGAACGGGAGAGAGUCAGACUGGUGAGAGAGUGGGUGCAGAUGAACAGUCAGCAAAGGGAGUCACAAGAUAGCGGGAGGGAGGGGCGUGAGAGUGAGAGGGAGGAGUCAGCAACCGAUCACGAAGAUGGUCAGCCAGAGCAUGUCCGACGGGAUUUGCUUAGGAUUCGAGGAAGGCAGGCAAGGCUAGAUCUACUCACGAGGAUUGUUCGAGAAAGACAGAGGGAACUACAGGGUUUGUCAGAGCAAAGGGCAGUGUCAAACUUUGCUCACCGCAGCCACAUUCAGUCAUUUCUGAGAGGUAGAUUCUUACAAAAUGGAAGGCCCCAAGAGUAUGAGAGACCACCCUCCGUGGCAGCAAGAGAACUAGGUCAGCUAAGACAACGGCAUCCCGUUUCUGAAUUAAGCAACAAGGUGUAA